ACUACGAUAAUUGCUGUUUUAUAAGAGAAUUCGCGGACAAUUUUGCGACAGGAAGGUGUCAGUUUACGGCCCUCCCCAUUCAUUUGCAUGAUAUCCGCAAACGGUGACAUACUUGUCGUAACACGCUAGCUGACCGUUACGCUCUCUCCAUAUAUUCAAAAAGCUGAGGUUGUUGAAGACCUCUAGAAUAACAUAAUUCGUUGCUAAAACCUGACUUAGAAAUUAAAUGCAUUUUAUAUUUUGUUAUUUAAAUACUCACGAAAUACUAAAUAACAUACAAACAAACACUAAAUAACAAAAUUUGUCAGUUGAAGCCCAAACGCAUUGAUUAAAUACAAAAAGUUGCGACAGUUAUUGCGAUAGUGGGCUUCAACCCAACCGCCUUUUGUAGUUCUUCACGUAACUCUUGACCUGAAUGUGCAUGCGACACCUCAGUAAUAAGACUACAUGCGCUGACAGCCGUAAAGAUCCGCCCUCCAAAAAUGACGGCUUUCAACACCGGAAACCUAUUUCAGUCUCUUUCAUACAGUUCUUCAAGGAAGUGCACGGGGACAGACAGACAGUGAGAUACGGUUGGAGCAGUCUCAAGGCCAUCCUCUUCAGCAGCCAUGCCACGAAUCGAAAAUGACAUCAAACUCGACUUCAAGGACGUGCUGCUCCGUCCCAAAAGAAGCACUCUCAAAUCUCGCAGUGAGGUGGAUCUCAUGCGCAGUUUCUCAUUCAGAAACUCAAAGGGCAGUUAUCGUGGGAUUCCCAUUGUUGCCGCCAACAUGGACACUGUGGGGACUUUUGAAAUGGCCUUAGCUUUACAUCAGUUUAGUCUCUUUACAGCUAUCCAUAAGCAUUAUUGUGUGGACGACUGGAAGGAGUUUGCAACAAAGAACCCAGAAUGCUUACAAAGUGUUGCAGUCAGCACAGGGACAGGUGACGGAGAUUUUGAGAGACUGGGGGCCAUUCUGGCUGCUGUACCUCAGAUUCAGUACAUAUGUGUCGAUGUUGCCAAUGGUUACUCUGAACACUUUGUCCACUUUGUGAAAGACGUGAGGCAGAAGUUCCCCACUCACACUAUAAUGGCUGGCAAUGUGGUCACAGGAGAGAUGGUAGAAGAACUGAUUCUUGCUGGUGCUGACAUCAUCAAAGUGGGCAUUGGUCCAGGUUCUGUGUGUACCACUCGUAAGAAGACGGGUGUGGGUUAUCCUCAGCUGAGUGCAGUCAUUGAGUGUGCUGAUGCUGCACAUGGCCUGGGUGGACACAUUAUAUCUGAUGGUGGAUGUACCUGCCCAGGUGAUGUUUCCAAAGCAUUUGGUGCGGGGGCGGAUUUUGUGAUGCUGGGAGGAAUGCUUGCAGGUCAUUCUGAGUGUGGGGGUGAAAUCAUAGAGAAGAAUGGCAGGAAGUAUAAACUGUUCUAUGGCAUGAGCUCGGACACAGCCAUGAAGAAGCAUGCAGGAGGCGUAGCAGAGUACAGGGCGUCGGAGGGUAAGACGGUUGAAGUGCCUUACAAAGGGCCUGUGGAGGUGACAGUAAGAGAUGUGCUGGGAGGAGUUCGUUCCACCUGUACAUAUGUGGGUGCUGGUAAGCUGAAAGAGUUAAGUCGUCGUACCACCUUCAUUAGGGUGACCCAACAACUCAACACUGUGUAUGGAAAUGAUAACUAAGGCAGGCCAUUUCGGAGGUCUGACUGAGUCCUUAUUGGGCCAAAUUAUGCCAAUUAUUGCAAAGGUCAUAGUCUUCUGUCUGCAGUCUGAAGACAGAUGCACACAUAUGCAUGUUCACAUGCCUCACCUCACAUCCUCAUUUAGGGAUAUAAUGUGUAUUUUAGGGUUUACACGGAUAUUACAUUUUCAACUGACUUGGAAUUUGCAAAGUUUAACCAGGAGUUAACAAGGACACAACAACUUUUUUCUUUUCUAAUUAUUUACUAUAUUUUAGGAAAGGCUAAGAUUAGAACAUUUAUUUAAUUAAUUACCCUUUUUGUUUUGUAUGUUUUGUGCAAUGUUUGGGUCACAGCCUAACUGAAGUUGUCUUCUGAUCAUUUGUCUUAAACUUUAGCCCAAACACUAUUAGAGCCUUAUAUUUUAUCCAGAUACUUCAGGUACUAUUUUAGAAUUUAUUGUUAAGCUGAAUGUCUAUGCCUGAUGUUUUUAUACUUGAGUUUUCUAAUACUGUUAACCAGUGUCAGAAAUUAAGUUGAACAUUAACAUAAUAUUUCCCCCAGAAUUUGAUAUUUAGGGGAAUUCUUUACCUUUAUGAGGGAAACCAUUUUCAGUAAAACUAAACUGUGUCUCAUCUGUUUGUGUCAUAUACAUACAUUUUAUCAAAUAGUACAUACAAAUUCUGAAGACUGAAAAUGUAUUACUUCUUACUCUAAGAAUUAAAUCAGCAACAACUCAUAUUUAUGCCUUAAUACAGUAUGUACAACUAGGAGCAUAAUAGAAUAUUAAGAACUAUGAGGAGCCGUGUAGGCCAUACUUGUUGAAAAGCCUCUUACAAACACUACUGAAAUUUAAAUACUUAUAUAAACAUGAGUGAAAUUCAUUCAAAUGCAUUAUUGAAAAUCUUACAAACAAGUGAAAUUACCACAUUGAUAUAAAUAUUAGUGAAAUUCAUUCAUAUGCAGUAUUGAAAAGCUUCUUCCAUACAUUAAUGAAAUUCAUUCAUAUAUGUAAAUUAUUGAAAUGUUUCUUAUAUACACUUGUGAAAUUAAGAUAUUCACAAAACUGAUUCUGUUGACUUACAUUACCUAAACUAAAUUUACACAUUUGUAGCUGAAAGUGUCUUUCAAUCAUUACUUCAACUCUUCUCAUAUACACUUAUGAAAUUAUUGUCUCUCAAUCAAAUCACUUGUGGUGCAGGGGGUCAGGAAUUAGCUGAUCAGCAGGUCCCUGUUAGCCCCUGCUGGGCUACCCUAACACCCUAGCAACACACUAGCAACCGCAUAGCAACCUCCAAGCAUCACCUGAGCGACCACCCAGAACACCCUAGCAACUGCCAAGCAACCACCUAGCAACCAGUUAGAAAUAAAUAAAAUAAAAUAAUCAUGUGACCGAUCUUUCAUCAAUGGCAACAGAUAUAGUAGCCCUUCAAAAACAAUCUGUCACUGGAAAAAGGUAUACAAUAAUGUAAAGAAAUAAUUGUGAUUCAUAUUUUUCUUGGAACAAAAAAAUAAUUUAAUUAUAAAACACAGCUUUGAAUAGCUGUUAAUGGAGAAACAUACGUUUUUCUUUCUCAGGGUGUAGUUCCUGCAUCAACCAGCAGGGGCUAACAGGAACGUGCUAACCAUCUAUUUCCUGACCCACUACACCACACACAAUGAAUUCAACAGGAAGUCAGGACACAUCUUCUGGGUGGUCGCUAGGGAGUCGCAAGGUGUUUGCUAGGGUGUUCUGGGUGGUCGCUAGGGCGUUGCUAGUUGGUUGCUAGGGUGUUUUGGGUGGUUGCCAUGCAGGGCUGCAUUAAGGUGGUCCUGGGCCCCUGUCAGUCAUCGGAGAGGGGGGGGGGGGGGGCGGAACAUUUUCACUUGAGCAGUUGCGCACCCUCUCUGUGUUUACAUCAGUGUCUCCCACAGAACGUGUUUACAUGCGCGCCCUACCGAGAAUACAGCAACUGGGGCUUAAGCCCCGGUAAGCCCGUGCAUUAAUACGGCCAUGUUGCCACUGCAUUACCAGGUAGUUGCUUGGGUAUUUUGAGUGUUCGUUAGGGCAUUGCUAGGUGCAUUUUUAGGUGGUUGCUAGGGUGUUCAUGAUGGUCACUAGGGCAUUGCUAGGGUGUUCUGGGUGGUAGCUAGAGUGCUGCUGUGUUGUUGCUAGGGUGUUCUGUGUGGUUGUUAGGACAUUGCAAGGGUUAUCUGGGUGAUCGCUAAUGUGUUGCUAGGCAGUUGCUACGGUGUUCUGGGUGGUCGCUAAGUUGAUGCUUGGAGGUUGCUAUGCAGUUGCUAGGGUGUUCUGGGUGGUCGCUAGGGCAUUGCUAGUUGGUUACUAGGGUAUUCUGUGGUUGCAAUGCAGUUACUAGGGUGUUCUGGGUUGUCGCUAAGGUGUUGCUAUGCGAUUGCUAGGGUGUUCUGGGUGGUUGCUAGGGUGUUCUGUGUGGUUAUUAGGGCAUGGCUAGGCUGUUGCUAGGGUUUCCUUGGUGAUAGCUAGUGCGUUGCUAGGGUGUUCUGAGUGGUUGCUAAGUUGAUGCUUGGAGUUUGCUGUGUGGUUGCUAGGGUGUUCUGGGUGGUCGCUAGGGCAUUGCUAGUUGGUUGCUAGUGUUCUGGGUGGUCAUUAAGGCAUUGCUAGUUGGUUACUAGGGUGUUCUGGGUGUCGAUAGGGUGUUGCUUGGUGGUUGUUAGGGUAGCCCAGCAGGGGCUAACAGGGACCUGCUGAUCAGCUAAUUCCUGACCCCCUGCACCACACACACCAAAUUCAACAGGAAGUGGGAACACGGCUUCCUUUUCCAGUGAAUUAAGCUCUCAUUCACUACUGAAAUCGUCUCUCAUCAACCUGUGAAACUGGCUCUUACUGAACUUAUUGAGAGGAUAUGAGACAAUAUCAUCUCAACAUCUUUUUAGAUCAGUAUGAGCACUAUAGUAGUUAAUGCAAGACAUUUUCAUCUGUCGGUUUGAAAGAGAUUUCAGAAGUGAUUGAGAGACAGUUUUAUAAGUGUAUAUGAGAAGAGUUGAAGUAAUGACUGAAAGACAUUUCAGCUAGAAAUGUGUACAUUUAGUUUAGGUAAUGUAAGUCAACAGAAUCAGUUUGUUUAACUAUUGUUUAUAAGAAUCUUUUCAAUACUGCAUAUGAAUGAAUUUCACUCAUGUUUAUAUCAAUACCUUAAUUUCACUAGUGUUUGUCAGAGGCUUUUCAACAAUUAUUGCCUACACGACUCCUCAUAAAGAACUAUAUCAAAUUUUAGAAAUAAACAGAAGAAUUCAUUACGAGGGCAUUUUUUGCCUUUUAUGUUUUGAAUUUCAGGAGCAUUUUUUGUCAUUUUCAGUAGCAUUUUUGCCCCAAGACACCCUUAAUUUCUGACCCUGCUGUUAACUAUUUCCAUUCUAUUCCCUCUCAUUGGACCAACUCAGAACAUUUAAAGGAUUAUUACAGAGUUAUCAGUCUAUUAUACUAUGAGCUAUAGACUUUUGUUAUAUAUUACCAUUCUAUUCUAUAGCAUAUAUGUGUUGACCAAAGCCAUAGUAUUUUUAUACUUUCACAUACAAUGCCAUCUGAAAAAUGCUAGUAAUACUGCAUAUCGUAUGUGAUAGAUGUAUGUAACAAAUACAGGUUACACAAACCUUUGAAGUCUUCAUCCAUUCCUGUCAUAGUAUUAGUAUCAUUUUAUGCAUUUUGGCCCAGUUUUAUCAUUAACACAGCUUAAUUAACCUUAAUAAUUAAAUAUUUAAAUCUUUAUAGUUUUUUUUUUUUUUACAAACGUCAUACAGUAUUUUAGCCAUUCUAUUGCAGUUACUGUUCUCGUUGAUUAAAGUGUCUCUGAUUGUGAUUAAAGUUGUAGCUGGUGCAAAUAAUAAUGAAAUGUGAAAGAAAGUCAGAUGUUGGCUGAUUAAUGGACAGUUGAAUUUGAUCCAUGUUGAUUUGUAUCUUUUAUAUUGUUGUUAAAUCUGAUGUUGUUCCAAAUAUGUCAUUUGGAAUAAUUUCACUUCAAAUAUUUUUGGUUUUCAUCAAGUGUUAUAGUUUUCCUGUGUUGUUGUGAAAUAAAUCACUCACAUAAA